AUGACUAACAAUUCUGAAUUGGUAUCCGACACUGAUGAUUUCACAGCUUUUAAAAUGACUAUUAUCAAUGCGAAUCGAAAGGAUUUGAAGCAUCCAGAGUUCUUUGAAGGGUUUAAAAUUGUUACUGAUUAAGAAGAGUAACUUAACCUAUAAGCUUAACAAUAACAAUCUGUUUUGCAACUCAUUUAAGAAAAAAAGCUGAGGCGCCAGAGACAAUAAUAAAAACGGAUUAAAAACAGAAAUAUAAAUAACUUGACUUAAAAACAUAAUCAGCAAGUGAAUUAGAUAAUAGAUGUUAUUAUGAGUAAAGUGAUUCAUAGUAUAAUCAACUAAUUCAGCUCAAAGCUAAGUCAGAAGUUUGAAAAAUAAAGCAUAUUUAAAAAUAAGCCUAUUAUAACCAAGGCACUCAAGGUCAGUAACAAAAAAUGGAAUAAUAGAUUCGAUUCCCCUCGAACCUCUAUAAAGUCUAAUGUCAAAUCAGCUAUUACUGUUAGCAAUGUAUCAAAUCAGAGGCACAAGAAUAGUAAUCAAAAUUUUAAUAAAAAAAACAUUGAUGAGAUCAACUCAGCAAUAUCAUUUACAACAAAUCAAUCAUAAUUUCUAAAUCCAUUCACGCUCAAUAACAAUAAACUAAAUCCUCCUUAUAAGAAAUAAAUUUCUAGUUCGUCCCAUAACAAAGCAAAGGAGAAAAAUAAAAAUCCAUUUAGUCUUAUCAAUGAAUCUCCAAUGCAUACUCAACUUUCAGGAAGUGGUAUAGGGUCUGGAAAUAUUAAAAGAAGAUCAGAUGACUCAUAAAAUGGAUCAAUAUAUGCUAUUAGUGGAAAUGAGUAGAGGAUGAACCCCCACAAGAAAGAAAGUAUAAUGACCAUUAGAAAAUUUAGGACUCAAAAAGAAAAAGAUAUUAAUGAAUCUAAUUAGGACGAAAAAGAGUUGUAAAGUAAGUAACUUGAUUCACCAAUAGACAAGAAUAAGAUCAAUAGCUUAAAUGAAGUUGAGUCUGAAGAUUUCUCUGAAGAUGAAGAGGAGACAGGAAGUAUCACUGAGUCACCACAUGGGGGAAAGCACAAGCCUAAAAUACCAGACCAAAAGAGAAUGAAAAAGGUGACAAAAUAAAAAAACAGAGUGUUCUCAACAGAAAUGAAUUCUAAUAGCUAGAAUGAAGCAAGUCAUCACUAGUUUAAGUUAUCAAUAUCCUCAAUGGAUGAUCAUUUCAAGCCAAAUCUAUCAAAAACAAAAUACUCUUCAAGCUUUAAAGCUUAGAAAGUCGGAGGAAUGAAGGUUUAGACAAAGCGAAAUUCAAAUAACCCUAGAAGAGCAAUCAUUGCAAGUAAGCUAGAUUCAGGGGACGAAUAAAAUAAAAAAUCUUAUCUCUUAACAGGACUUGGAGACGAUAUUUCUGUAAUUCUUUAGACACAAAAUGAAGAUGAUAUGCCAGCAUAACAAAUUAGCAAUAACAAUGACUUUAACAACAGCACUUUUAAUGAAUAAAACAUUGAUUUUUCAGGCUCAACAAAUUAAACCAGUCUAAGGUAGUAAAGAAAAUUAAGAUAAGCUAGGAUUAAUCCAAUUAAACAUGAGAGCAAUAUCAACCAUUAGAAUGGAUCAAAAGUAUCUAAGUUAGCUAAGCUGCGGACAACAGGAAUGAGUCCGUAAUUUAAUAAGCAAGAAUACUCAUCUUAAUUGCAACUGUAAUAAGCAUACUCGGAGCAAAGAUAAGUAGUCUAACAAAAUAGUUCAGCCCUUAAUUAUGGUUAAUAAGCCUUUACCUAUAGGAACAAAGUAUAGAAAAGGUCCUAGCCUAUUGAAGGAGCUUUCUUUUACACAAGAAUACCAAUGACUUUAAGCAAGAAAAAUGAGGAAGUUUUGCGAGUAUAUAGAGAGGCAAAUUAAUAACUAUUUAAAUAAGUUGCUCACCACAUCACCAAAUCUCAAUAUGAAUCUACUCCAGGGGUUAUUAAUUUAAAUAAUAAAUUAAGGAAAUCAACUGAAUAAUUCAGCUAAAGGAAGACCACGUAUGGUAAUGUUUAAAAUCAAAUUAAUGACCAAGACAAACAUAUUAAAAAUCAAAAUUAAUCAACCUAAUUUAGAGUGGGUAAUUUAAUAUCCAAAAGAAGCUUAGUAAACUAAAACAUAUCCAACGGUUUUCCCUAAGUUAAUAAAUAAUCCUCUAUUGAUCAGUAAUCACCUGAUGAUUUGGCAUAGCAGGUUGAUUAGAGUUAAAAUGACGAGUUAAAUAUAACUAAGUAUUCAAGUAACUUUAGAUAGUCAAGGUAAAAACUACUCUCGAUGAGGAUUGAGGAAUAAUUGAGCUAAGUUUAACAGCCUUCAGAUUCAAUGACUAGAGCUGAUCAAUUUAGUAAGACCAGAAGAAGUUUUAAAAACGCUGCUAAACUAAUUUACAAAAUAGAUAAAAAUGAUAUGCUAGAUAAAAUACUUCAGAGAACGAGUCCUACCAAAUUUUACAAUGAUAUUUAAUAUGCUUAAUGA